AUGAUGUACCAUCGAGCCAUCGAUGGGUUUCCAGUUCAGCGAGUGCUCAGCGUGAAAGCUGAUCUGCACCACUUGAGGCCCUUUGGCUCGCUCGUGUACAUCCAGGUGCCGAGCACACCGGAGAGUUCGAAGCGUGACGACAAUGCUAACAUUGGCUAUCUACUUGGGCUCGAAAUGGACACAGUUGGCGCACGUGUGUAUAUCCCCAACGAGAACACGGUCAAGUUUGUCGCUGAGGUUCGCGUUAUUGCAGAGACUAUUGUCGGUGCUACGGUUGCGUACGAAGCCUCUAUGGCUGAUGAGGAUCGGUCGGCAGACGUCAAUGAGGAGGAUGAGGGCGAAGAUCACGACAGCUAG